GUUACUUUUCGGAGCCAUUUUGGAGAAUAAGGAGGACUCGCAGAGGCGGAUCUGGACAAAAAGCAAUUUCUGGUCGAGAACUGAUCUGUUAUACCUGUUGAGGUCCCAUGGAACUCCAUCAUAAGCUUCGCAGAGAUCCUUCUUGGCAUCCCAGUGGCUGCAAUAUCUGUGGCCAGUUGGGUCAUCAAGCAGCAAACUGCACGAAUGGUACCAUAAAUUGGAGGCAGAUUUAUGGUGACGAGGCGUUCAGGCUAAAGGAACCCAUCUACCCUUCAGACAUAUACCGCAUGAUGAAGGAGAAAAAGGUGGACUUCACAGCUCUUGAGAAGCAGGCACAGGAGUGGGCAAAGACGCAUGCAAAUGGCGCUCCGCCUGUUCCAGCAGCUACGCCAGUGGCGGUGAAAACGGCACCAGACGCCGCAGCGUCCGCUCCAUCCCCAGCUGCUCCAGUUCCAGUCGCGACACCGCCACCGGUGGAGGCUCCUUUGCCAGAAGGCUGGGGGGCGGCCAAGGAUGCGCAGGGGCGCACCUAUUUCUGGCACAAGGCCACCAAGAAGGUGCAAUGGGAGCGGCCAAAUGCUGCCACGCCAAUCUCCUAGCCUGGCCGUGCUUGUGAUAAUCCCAGGCCCCCAAUGCUUUGUCCUGUUUUCAUAUUCUGAUCUUCUCAAGAUACAUGGGAUGUUAAGGAGCCCUUGCAGCAAGGAAUGCACAUGUACAACGCUCAAAAUGAGGCAAUUGGCAGAUGUGGCAGUGAUAGGGAUAUGACCAAGUUGGCAAUGAUCACUGAAUGUGAAGGAAAAGCCAAAGACGCACGGCCUCAAGGUUGGUAAGCCACAAGCUUGGUGUAGUGGCAGCUGUAAAAUUGAGAGGGAAGAG